GUGAACUUGAUCUAUUUACUGUUGUCAACUCUAUAUAAAUCUAUGUCAGUUAAUUUACUCUUAAUGAUCGAGCGUGAAAAUCUGCAUGAUUUUACAAGACGAUUUUUUGUUUGUGAAGAAAAUUUAACUCCUAGUUGAUGGAUUAUUUAGUUGUUGAAAAUUCUGUUAAUAAUUUAGGAUUUUGUGUUUUAAGAGGAUUUGUUUGUGAUUGAAAACUUUAAAUUUUUGAUCUGAAAGGGAGGAUGCUUUAGUAAAUUUUCCAUUUGUAACAGGACAAAGUUUUGCCAACAAAAUUGAAGGCCAUGGUAAUAUCAGGAGUGAUACUAAAGUCGUUGGCCGCAGUCUCUCUUGCCUCCAGUAGCUAUGUGUCUGGAGCUCUACCUCGAUGGCUUGGUCUCGGACAAGCUUGCGGUCAGUCUCUACUGCUGUCGCUGGUGCUGUGUUUUGGCGGAGGAGUUCUUUUUGCCACCUCCAUUAUUCAUGUGCUGCCGGAAGCAAGAUCAGAACUUCCUGACGAAGCCGACUCUAUUUUCUGUCUAGGAUUUGUUCUCCUCUAUGUAAUCGAUGAACUGAUAAAGCUCUGCGAAGGAGAGGAAAAGAGCAAUUGUAAAUUGGAAGUGGAAGGGCUUCUGGACAGGACCAUUCAUCACAGAUAUGGAAGUGUUUGUGAACAUGAACAUCAAGAAAAUCAAGAUGAAGAACUAGCACGAGAGGAACCUGAGAUGACCGUUAAAGUUGAUACAAAGAAAAACAACAGAAUUGGCCUACUAGUGGCGUUCUCGGUACAUUCUAUCAUCGAGGGCUUAGUGAUUGGCGUGCAGCCCGUCCCUGCCAAGGUGUUGCUUCUCCUGGGCGCAGUGUCUUCUCACAAGCUGGUGGUUGCAUUCUGUCUAGGAGCAGAGUUGGCAAGCGAUGGGAGAUCGUUUUUAUCACUCAGCCGGUCUAUGUUGAUCUAUUCACUCUGUCCUAGGUGUUGCUUCUCCUGGGCGCAGUGUCUUCUCACAAGCUGGUGGUUGCAUUCUGUGUUGCUUCUCCUGGGCGCAGUGUCUUCUCACAAGCUGGUGGUUGCAUUCUGUCUAGGAGCAGAGUUGGCAAGCGAUGGGAGAUCGUUUUUAUCACUCAGCCGGUCUAUGUUGAUCUAUUCGCUCGGCUCGUCUUUGGGCAUUGUUCUGGGAAUGCUCAUUGACCAGAAGAAGAGUAAGAGCAAAGUUUCCAUCCCAGUUUUGCAGGCUCUAGCCGCAGGCUCGCUACUCUAUGUCACAGUUAGUGAGGUGUUACCUAGAGAGCGCUCCAGAUGGGAACAUCAGUCUCGGCCUUACGCUGGCCUCGCACAACUCAUUUCCUUCUCUCUCGGCUUCUUAGUAAUAUUGUCUCUCGUUGUAUUUACUUGAAAUGUAUAAUAAAUUUUGUA